GGCAUGCCUUUUCGGAUUCAUGGAUAAAAAACCGAGGGGAGUUAAGUUCACAGGAAGCAGGAAAGUUCUCCGCAGACAAAUGUUUGGCGCUCUUCAUUCCGCCCAUGACCGAGAAGACGUAGAAAUCCCGGAGAACUGAGCUGCUGUGCGCACGGAGGGCUACGCGCUUGGAACAAGCAGAAGAAAACUGAAGAAGAGCUUCACUGAGGGAAUAGAGAAAGAGGAGAGGAAGGCGGAGAGAUAAAGAGAGAGAGGGGGACUCAGAAAGAGAUCCUAUCUCACUCUCCAAGUUGAGGUCUUAAACGGAUCGCGUCUGGCAACUGCAAGACAAUGUCUAGCAAAGCGACUUUAGCCUUACUCAUCUAUGGGCUCAUAAUGCAUUACAGCGUCCACUGCUCACCUGUGGGGCUUAGCUUUCCCAGCGUUAGACUGGACAGUGAGGUUUAUGAUGAGGGUGGAAACUCUUUACCAUCGCUGGAUUACGACAGAGACCAAAUGGAAGUGAGGAGCGCUCCGUCUGUGGCUGAGGACGUCUUCUCUUUGUAUUUCCCACAAGAGAAAAGAACGGAAAGGCAUGCAGACGGCAUGUUUAAUAAAGCCUACAGGAAAGCGCUGGGUCAGUUAUCAGCCAGGAAAUAUCUGCAUUCUCUGAUGGCAAAGCGUGUAGGCGGGGGGAAAACGCUGGACGACAGCUCGGAGCCUCUAUCCAAGAGACACUCAGACGGGAUCUUCACAGACAGCUACAGCCGCUACCGGAAGCAAAUGGCCGUCAAGAAAUACCUGGCAGCCGUCCUGGGGAAAAGCCUUGAAGACAUAGGUAUUCACCAAAUCCUACAAGACAUAGACUUUGAUGCCCUCCCGGACGGGGAUGAGUUUGAGGCUUUUUUGGGAGAAUGGCUGAAACAGUUCUCUCCCGAAUUUCCGGCUUUGUGACGCAGGAAGCAGUUUGCGGCUGUGGUGCCUUGCAUCGACUUUAAAAAUCGCCAUGAAUCACAGAUGGCUAUUUAGUGGCCCUACAAUGCUGCACAUCACCAGCUUACAUUUCACCCUUUAUGUUGUUGUUUUUUGUGUUUCGAAGAUGUUAAAUAGGAUCCUUAGUGGCAUCCAGCUUUGAGCUUUCUUUUGCACUUUGUUUUAGAGCACUAGACGUUUUGUGAAAAUAGAGGGAAAGAUGAGUUUCCCCUUCUCCAUGAAUCACUAUGUGUAUGAUAAUGAAAGCGCCAAUAGCCUUACUCAAAUAAAAUAAUCUUCAAAGAUAUACAUAUAUAUAUAUUUACUGUGUAGAAAUUGAACAUUAGAUUACUACUUCAAAUGGCGAUCUGCAAGGGUCAAGUCAAUAAAUGUUU